GAGGGGUUGCUCUCAAGCCUUGUCACACUGUGUGUGUAGCCUCCUGCCUCUCAGUCGAAGGCGGCUCCCUUUCUCUGCCCUUUCCGUCGCUAACCGACCGGACCGAACCUCUGGCCAGCCCUGCUUCCCGAAUCCACGGUGCCGUGUGGUGCGAGUGCACAGGCAGAAACAUUAAGGAGAUGUUGCAUUAAUCUGUCCGUCUCGGAACAGUGGCGAAAUGCGAGACGCUCUCUGAUUGGCUGUCGCGGGCUGCCUCUCAAGCGCGCAGCCAAUCGCGGCCGGCCGAUCGUGAAAAAAUAUAUAUUUUCACUCACUCCAUGUACAGUAGCCCAUGUUGCAAAAAAAGUGAACAGAGAAACACACUGUCGGAGGGUGACAGAGGUGGACAACGACACACUCCGAGCACCAUUCCGCCGACCAGUCACCCUGGUGCCCUGUUUUCAGGUCAUCACCAUCGCAUGAAACAGCCUGACUGACAGAUCCAUCUUCAUCUCUCAAACACAGUGUUUCCAUAUUCUGUGAUCAGGUCAUCAGCGUCAUGAAGGGUGGAGGAGGGGGGAAGGAGCCGCCAGUAGAGGGCGAGGUGAGCGGGAAACAGCGGCCCAAACGCAAGUGCCUGCAGUGGCACCCGCUGCUGUCGAAGAAGAAGGCUGUGGACUUCUCUGAGGAGGAAGAGGAGGAGGAUGAAGAAGACCUGGAGAAGGAGCCGGUGGUGUGUGCAGAGCGCGGUAGUCAAGAGCCUGAAUGUGGGGCGAUGGAGGAUGAAGGUGAGGAAGACUCCUCAGAGCAGAGAGCACGUCGGCCCAUGAAUGCCUUCCUGCUCUUCUGUAAACGGCAUCGCUCACUAGUUCGCCAGGAACACCCGCGGCUGGACAACCGUGGCGCCACCAAGAUCCUGGCUGAUUGGUGGGCUGUGCUGGAGCCCAGUGAGAAGCAGAAGUACACAGACAUGGCCAAGGAGUAUAAAGAUGCUUUCAUGAAGGCGAACCCAGGCUAUAAGUGGUGCCCUGCCACCAGUAAACCAGUGAAGAGUCCCACUCACGCUGUGAGUAACGUCCGAAAAAAGGCCUGGUCUCUGUCCUCCAACCCCACCAAGGAUGCUGCUGUUGCCAAAAAAGUGCCCAAAGCUGACAGCACACCACAGCUUAAUUUUGCCAUGGCAGAUCCGACUAAGAUGGGUGGUCUGAGCAUGCUGCUGCUAGCUGGAGAGCACGCCCUGACUGCCAGAGAGAUUUCCUCUAGCACUUCACAGACUGGGGUCGCAGAUGUCGCUAAGCAUUCUGGAACAUCUGCCCUUUACCAGUUGGCUGAGAUUUCCUCCUGUCCACACCAGCCUGCCGAGGGACUUAAAAGCUCAGAAAGUAAGAGCCCAGCAGCCCCCCAGACGGAGGCAUGUGGCCCAUCUCAGCCCAACUCGCCCGAUCUUCCUAGCAGCUGUGUGCGGUCUCCCCUCUUCCAGCUGGCCGAGAUCUCCUCUAGUGGUUCUCAGUCCUCGGUUUCUGAGGGGAAGCAGUGUGGCCAGUCUGCUCUUUUCCAGCUCGCUGAGAUGUGUUUGGCCUCUGAGGCAGAGAAACUGGAGGCUCUCUCUUCACAGCCUGCUGUGGACUCGUCCUCCCUCUGUGCUCAACACAGCACUGCUGAUGCAGCCCCCAACAACCCUGACCUGCCUCUUCCUACCCCGGCAUCAUCCUCCUCCUCCUCCUCCUCCUCUUCCACCCCUACUGACAGCACUGCCCCCACGCUCAGCCAGCUGGCAAAGAAGAAAAAAAAGAAGAAGCCGAAGGAAGGCAAGGACACGGAAAAGCCCGAGAAGAGCCCCGGCUCACCCAAAAAGACCUGCAAGAAACGCCCAUCGUCCAGCUCAGACCUAGAGAGCUUGAUGUACACUAUCGAGGCGGUGGCUAAAGGGGCCUUUGGCUCGGAGGAGGCGGCCAAGAAACGACCUCGACCCUCAGACAGCGAGGAUGGCACCAGCCCCGCAGACCAGCCUCCAGCAACCAAGAAGAAGACCAAACCCAAAGUAAAGAAACAGCUCAGGGCCAAGGAGGAGGCGAUCGAGCAGGAGGAGCAGGGCAGCGGAGAGGACUGCAAGCCGCCACAGACGGAAAUAGAAGCUGUUCCACUUCAUGAGACGGAGGUGAAAACCGAGUGCAAGACGGAGAUGGAGGUGAAGAUGGAACUCCCGAACUGCCUGGAGGUCUCGGCUGAGCACAGCACCACACCACAGCCAGUCAGUUCUGAAGAGACAAGUCCCUUGAAGCAAGUGACGGCAGGCGAGGAGGAUGCCCCACAGCCAUCCAGAGAAGAGGACAAAGAACCAGAAUCCAAGCAAGCAAAGCUAGAAGAGAGGGACAGUGACCCCAAACCUGAAGUGUGCGGAUCCAGGAAGUCGGAACGCAGCUGUAAGGGAGCGCUGUAUAAGACGCUGGUCUCUGAGGGGAUGCUGACAUCACUGCGGGCCAAUGUGGACAGAGGAAAGAGAGGUUCGAUGCGGGGUGCUGCGUCAGAACAUGAAACAGGAUGGACCGACGAAAGCUGUAGUUUUACUCAGCCAGCCGCCAGCAACCCCAAAAAGCUGAAGAAGUCCAAAUCUAAAGAUGAAACAGUGGCAGGCAGUCUAGGAAAGCUGGAGGAGGAGUUUGAGAAGAAGUUUAACAGCCUGCCUCAGUACAGUCCCCUAACGUUUGACAAAAAAAGCACUGCGGUCACAAAAAGGAAGAAAGCCAACUCAGCCAGCCUUCCUGAAACUCCUACGCCGAGCAAGGGUCCAUCCCCAUCUCAGAAAAAGACUUUAUUCCACAAGAUUGUUAGCAAGUACAAGCACAAAAAGGACAAGCCGGGUACCUCGGACAAAGCCAUAGCUCAGCCUGAACAGGUGGCCGUCGAGGCGGGUCACACAGUGAAGCUGGACGCUGCUUGUGCAUCUCUCUCUCCUGAAGCCCGCAAGGCAGGUGAUGUACCUGUGGGCAGCCAGAAGAGAAAAGCCAGAAAGAGUAAGAUCACUCACCUGGUGCGCACAGCUGACGGACGACUGUCACCGGCAGAGGCGGAUAAAGCCAAGGAGCUCACCCAGGAUCAGGAUGAAAAGCCAUUAACUCAAGAGACGAUAUGCAACAAGGAGAGCUGCUAUACUGACCCCAGACCAGCAGAGGCAGACGGUGCGGAAGCGUCGGGCAGCCUGCCGGCCUUCUUCAGCCUGGCCGCCCUUGCCGAGGUCGCAGCCAUGGAGAACGUGCAUAGAGGCCAGCGUGGUGAAGGCCAGGUGAAGGAGAUGGCUCCUCAGACGGCUGUGCUGAUAUCCUGCGCGGACCAGUGAAGGCUCAACCUGGUCUGGACCAGCCCUGGUCUGGGAUGGUCUGGAAGUGGACUUAUUGGGGCAAAUCGCUUUGUUCUGGGGAUUGAGGGAGAGAGAGAAAGGAAGAAAGGGAGAGCGACACCAGUGAGCGGGUUACUCAGAGGUGACCAGGAAGAGGAAGAAGAAGAGGAGGAAGGCGCUUUUCUCUAACGGAAGAUUAUUCCACAUGUAUGCAGAGCAGUGGAGGGGGCAGGCUGGUGCCAAGCCCCAGACAAGCCAGGCAUGCUUCCUCCACUUGUUUCCAGAAGUGCGCACACACCAUCUCGAAGGACCUGGCUACACUUUGCAAAGCCAAGCUGUGCGAACUGGAAAAGGAUCCAGGAGAAAACGCUCUCUCUACUACACGUCUUUUUUCUGGCUCAACUUUUCUGCAUAUAAAAAAAAAAAAAUCUCACUGUCUCUCUGUCUCUCUCUCUGUCUCUGUCUCUUUCUCUGUCUCUCUCUCUCUGUCUCUCUCUCUCUCUCUCUCUCUCUGUCUCUCUCUCUCUCUCUCUCUCUCUGUUAGAGGAAAAUCUUGUGGCUUCCUGUUCUCCUUCCUGCCCGGAACUAAGCGCACACGCACAGUGUGUUUACGUGUGUGUGUAUCUAAUAUUGCUCAAUAGCCCCCCCGCCCAUACCUCACAGCCAGCCUGCUUUUACGCCCAAGUUUCGAGUCCCUCUCAGCGCAGGCUUCACCUUGACAAUACACACUUUUAAUGCCUAGAUGCCUCUUUCUGUCCAAGGAACUUUUCAGCGGUGCGUCAGGCCCCGUGCAGCAGGCAUACACGAGCCCGUCAGGGUCCCCCUGGUGUCAUGGGGCGCCCGGGCAGCCGGAGGGAACGGCCUGAUGCAAGGCUGAGAGAGACUGGAUGUGGGAUUGUGAGCGGCACUCUGUGAUCCAAAGCAAACAGAGUUACUGAGUGACUGAAUACUGACCUGGUCAGAAGCCAUCCUCUUUCCUUUUUUUCGCUAUAACGGCACCCUGUUACUGUACUGGGCACCCUUCCACUCUUCACGUGCACAGCUAUAGAGAUGAAUUGAUUUUUUUAGAGCAGUAUACUUGAAUGAUAUAAUGCAUUUUAUGUCAAUACUUGACCUUCCUUGCAGUGCGUAUGGGUGAGCGAGUGUGUUUUGCGUGUGUGUGCGCGCACACACGUGUGGUGGGUGUGUGUAGCGUCUCAAUAGCUAAUCCAAAAGAGUGCUACUAGUUUCCUAAGGUAGUUUCGUAACAGACACUGCACUAAUUUUUAGCUAUAGUAGGUGAGUCUUUUAGGCAAUGUUUAUCAUCAUUUUUUUGUAAAUGUUUGUUUUUUUUUUUUUUUUUCCCCUCAGCUUUACCGAUUUUCCACUUACAUUUCCUGGCCACGAAGGCGUCCAUUCAUUUUGUUGCACCUUCCUCUCUGCCAUGUGUUAGCUGAAGCAGAACGGACUUUCUCUCCUAGCCAAAGUUCUGCCUUCCUGCUGCUUCUGUUCAUUCCUGUGUGGGAGAGAAGUAAGAGAGGAGAGACGGAAGAAAGAGUGUAGGAAUGGCUCUCUUUCUCUCUCACACACACAACCCUUAAACUCAUCAGUGCCCGCAGCAUCUUGCGCGGCUCAUCAGCCGGUGCAUCUGCGUUGACGCUUGUUUUGUUUUUGUUUUUUGUUUUUUCCCGUUCGUUUGGUGGUCACAAUUAGCUUGGUCCAGUCGCGGAGAUGCUCAGCAUCGUGUUGGCUCUUGUGAAAUGAGAGAAGCCUGAAACCUUUCAUUUCCAGAGAGCCCAGCUCUCAGUCUAAAUGAAGGAAGGCUCCAAGCCAGGCUGAAAACACGCCACUAGGCGUCUGCGAUGUCAACCGUUGCGCUUUUUACUAACAAAGUUGAUGGACACUUUUUUUUUUUUCUUUUUUUUUGCCCCAUCACCUACAUUUUCCUCCAAUGAUGUCUGUGAAUUUCUAAAUUUGUAAGUAAUAAGUUUUUUUAAAGAAAAAAAAAACUAUAGUAUACUGUAUUUGAACCUUUUUAUCCCUUAAUUGUGUUGUGUGCUUAAGGGCGUGGUUUUGCUGGCCUUUUUUCUCUUUGUAAUAAUGUUUAGUUGUAAACCUCGCCAUGAGGUCCUCUCUACUGGAUGAAGACUAUUGUCAGAAGCUCAAAUACAAAUAUAUAUAUAUAUGUCUAUAUAUAUAAAUAUAUAUACCUAUGCUUACCUGUUAAGCCGAUGAGCACUGAGAAAUAAUGCACCGCUUCUAGAGGAAUAGUCCCUGCUUUUGGGAGUGCACACGUGAGGCAACCUGCAUUGCCACGUUCGGCUAGUGUCUAAUGAGCACAGUAAGGUGUGUGUGUGCGUGCGUGUGUGUGUGUGUGUGUGUGUGUGUGUCUGCGAGAGUCUGAAUGUCUCCCUGUUCUUCACACAUGUGAGCAUUAGCUCAAAGCCAAGGGAUUUCACCUCAUUGUAUUCGAACAGAACGUUUGACAGGCUUGAACUGUGGCGUUCUGAAAUUGCUGAGGGGAACGUCGCUCUGCUCAGAUCGACUUAUCGGCCCGCUCAGUCAGGACCUGAUCGCUUCUGUUACCUCUGUGAUUUUAUGAAGUUUUGUGGUUAGACCUCUGCCACACCUCGCUCUGAAACGUUCAAACGUUAUUGCUUUGGAUUGAGAUUGUCAUUAAGUAUAGCUUAAUAAGGUAAACGAUUCGAUUCGGACUCUUCUAAUUAGACAUUCUACUCUAAUCGUUUAGAGAAAAUUCUCCCUCUGACCAGUAUUCCCACGAGGAGGUGCUGCUCGAUCCUUGGGGCAGGUCCAAACGAUUUCUGGAAGUCGGCCAAUCAAGUUUUUCUCAGCAAAAACGUCUUCCCGAGUGUUCUGCGCGCACCCAGCGAUGCGACAAAUACGUUCUUCCCAGCAGAUGAAAGCGAUAGGGAGAAAGCGUACAUGAUGAACUGUACUGUACAAGGGUUAUUUUUUCCAAACAGUUGCCAAAGAAAAGGGAACGCUGUCUCUUUUAAAGAAAUUCGGUGGUGCGGAAAGCCAGACAGACCGGGUGAGCUGAGUCUAGUCAGCGUGUCUUCAGGUUUUCAGAUAAUAAAUGCAUUAUAUUAGCACAACUAAUUCUAUAUUUCUGAUGGAUUUCCUCAGCCUCUUCCUGCAGUUUUGGCAUGGUGUACAGAGCGGUUUUUAAAUGCCUAUUUUAGAGAAACGAUAUUUGCACCUUAAACCCAAACCAAAAUGCCACAUUCUGAAUGAAUCCCCACCUCUCCCAACACCUGCAUCCCUCAUGAAAUUCGCUCUUAUUAGCCCUCCUCUAUCUAUGAGGGAAGUUAUCCCAUUGAAAAACUGUCAUUAUACAAUAAUGCCUUGAAUGAUGAUACGCAUAUCCUUUGCAUGACGCAUAGAUGAGGUUUGGUCCCAUUCCCAUUUCCAUUUAAAUGUCAUUCCCCUCUCUUUUUUCUAUAUAACUGUAGAAGAUGCCUCUAUGAAUCUCAAGUUCCUAUAUUAGCUAUGAAGCUUAUGGUAUAAUACCCUUUUGUGCUAGAAUUGUCUCUUGAAUGUAAUGGAUUUUGUACCUGUAUUUUUCUAAUUCCGAUUCCAGUCUUUCUGUACGGGAUGGCUUUGUAUGGAGGAGUUUUCGGGCUGCUUCCAACAGCGAAAUAGUUUCUAAUAAUUUCCAGUCAUCAUUAGGAGAUCAGACCAGAUCCCGAGCUCCGUAGAGAGCCUCAUAGCCUCAUCACCACGUCGCCUCUCUGGUCAAACACUUAGAACAGUAGGAACAUGAUCCCAUCCCCAUAAUCAGACGUCCAGUCAAUCACCUUCGCUGAAGAAAUAGUGAAACCAGGGAAAUCAACUGCAGCAAUCACAAAGUUGCCAAACCUUCUUACAAGCUUUGUUGUUGUUUUUGCUUUCUGUCUUUCCAACUGCGUCUCGGUCUUAAGAACCUGGAUUAUGCACCCAUUUGAAACGGCAACACCUUUCGUCUGCUCUACAUGAGAAUGUACGUCCGUUGGCUUUUUUGAAGGGUUACUCCUCUGUCUCCCCUUAAGAGUUUGUACAAUGUGUGCUUGACCUGAUUAGUGUCACUCGUACUGUAUGAUGCCAUGCUUGGAACUUGAUUGUUACAGCCCAGUUGUUGAUGCAGCCUUGCCUUACUGAAACCCUGCGUAGAAAGGGGUCCCUUCGCCAUUGCCCUUCUCAAUGAGUCCUACGUCAUAACACUGUCUGCUGACGCAAAUAUUAUUCCUUUAACACGUAUUAAAGUAACAUAUACAUACA